CACACAAUUUUGUUACAGCAGAAGAUGGAGCUGAAAUACAUCGUAAUGACCAUCAUUAAGAUUCUGAUCUCGGUCCCGUGCAUUUUAAUGAUGCAGGACGGAAGUGCGAUGGCCGCUUCGCUGAUAGGAGGUCAUUUUAAUAACAACGACAGCAACUUGGAGGCUACUAGCAGUAAGCCAUUGCAGUUUGAGGACUAUGCUUCAAAUGAAGAAAUUCCUGACCCCUCGGCGCUGAUACUCCCCGGUUAUAACCUCCCCGACAAUAUCUUCAACAAAGGCAAGCCCUUUUAUUUGGAAAAGGACCCGGUGACGGGAAAGGUGGACUUUGAAAGUAAGACGAGUUUAUCCGAUGUGGAGGAGGGAGGGUUCGAUUACGUCGACGAACUACCCUCGACGGAUUUGUACGCCAAAUCCAACAUCAACCGAAAGGAUGGUAGCAUAUCGAGUCACAAGCCGAGCGAUGUAAAUCAGCUGACUCCCAAUUUUCAUGACUUUUUAAAUUUGCCAGUCAAGUACAAUCCUGAAAAGUACGUCUAUCCGCUCAUCUCCAGUUCGUAUGCCAAUACUAAAAUUCAGGGGAACAUCAAUAAGUAUCACAAUCACAAGAACGACAUCGUCACCACGUACAAGCCGACGUAUUACACUAUCAAAACGCCGUAUUUCAGUCAUAACCAGUUGGAUUUGGACAGGAAGUCGUCAGUUACGACACCGCAAAGUAGGCCUACUACUACUAGUACUACUACCCCCACCACUACUACGCCAAUUGUGCACCUGACGACUGCAAAAUACGCGCCUCCGAGUACUACGAAGCGCACCUGGAGCAUAUUUGAACAGUUGUUUGGUGAAUAUGACGAAAUCACAACGGUAAGUGUAAGGAAAACGACGUCCCCCAGCGAGGAUCUGCCAACGACUACGCCAAAGCACAACAUUCUAACUGGCACCGAGAUGGGGCACGAAGAGGCGUAUGACUACGACGAUUACCACGAGAUUCAGAACACUACGGCUGUUUACAAAACGAAACCGAUACAGUUCGAAAUUCAGACAACUGCGAAACCCACGACGACUACGCCGGCGACGACGACGAAGAAAUCCGAACCAACACCAGAGUAUGACUACGAGUAUUUGGAAACCACGGAAGGGACGACCACUACGACUACGCAAAAAACCAUACUGGUAACUUCAAUGCAGCUGGGCGAAAAACACUUCAGCACGGCGGACACGAGACAGCCGAUAAUUGCGGUCACCCAAAACCUGAAGGAACAACUGAACAAGGAAAAAAUUCCUAAACCCUUCAGCUACAAGCCAGUCUCGAACACGAACAGCAUUCGCAUAUUACCAAACCAGAACACGGUAUCCUUCGUGGUGGGAAACCACCAGCAUGUGGAAGGAGACUACGAACCACAGUUUCAAGGUAGCCCCUACGACAGUAAUCCGUUUAGACCCUUAGUGGUCGAACCCCAAAACGACAAGGACACGGUGAGCUACAUCGUGCAAACGAAACCGAUGUUCAGUCAGACCUUCCCCGAGGUUCCGGAAGUGGGAGGCAGUUCGAUUAAUAUCCAACCGAUCAAAACGUCGGAAGCCUCUCUGUCCAUCGGAGUUCCGGUAAACACCAACUUGAAAGUUCCCGGCCAGGUCGUCGACGAAAACUUGGGCAACGAAAAGAUCGAGUUUCCCAAGACGGGAACGGGAGCAAAAAUCGUGUUUCCGGACGAGACCGAGGCGUCGACGAUAACGCCGAACCUAGUUCCGCCGCCCCCUCCUCCCACGCAGCCUCUCGGUCAGGACAUUCUGCAUCUAAGCUCGAAACCGAUGUACCAUCAGCUACCGAGCGAUCUGACGCCACCGGACGAGCAGGACGAGCCUCCCCACGUCGAGAGGAGGCGACCGCCCUGGGAUCCGCGCCCCGGUCACUUUCACAACGGCAAACCGGAGUACCUGCGGCCACCGAGACCGUCGCUCAAACCGCCCGGGGGCGAAAUCUACAAGCGGAUCGAUAAGUUGCCGAACAUUCUACCGCAGUUUCGGCCAAACGCAAAGCUCUCCGUCGGCCCCCACUACUACGACAACAAAAGUGGGUACUUAAGGCAGCCGUUGCUGGAGCGACCGUCGAAUCGCCCCGUUUUGUUCUUCGAGAAACUCCUCCCGCCUCAGCCGGCGAAAAGCCUGCACAAUCUCCGAAAGGUGCCCGUGCUGGAGGAGGAGUUGAGGAACCGAAACGGCGAAAUUAAAAAGCAGGAGCAGUACAGUUUCUACCAAAUGCAAACGCCUCCCUCGACGGUCGUCAGCAAUAGACGUAGCGAUACAAUCGAAACCUUGCAAAUGAUUCAAGCGAAGCAGAUCGAAAUGAAAAAGUCCGGAGCUACCACCGAAAAACCACUCUACGUGGUCUACCCGGUGAACACCGCCCCGCUUAAGCUGGACGCGCUCGACUCCAACAAAAAGGAGAGCGUCGUCAUCGGCACGCGAGCCGAGCUGCCACUUCCGCCUUCCAAAAUCCAGCACGAAUUCCAAUACGAAAGCCCGCAAGAUCGCAACGACGCCCCGAUUCUCAAACCGCACCUCAAAACGAAUCACCAACUGAAAACCAGCUUCCCCUACCCGCUGGAGCGACCCACGACCGUUAUCGGAAACAACCUGGAGGAGACCGAGCCGGAAUCGCGCAUCAAAAUCAACUACAAAAAUCCGAACCAAAUCUCCGUUACGCUUCGGACGUACACCGAGCGUCCGAUCGCGAUCGCGUACACCCCGACCGAACCGUACCGCAAACCGGACAACACCGAAAAGUACUCGAUGCCGAACUACGCCGGCCCCGUCAUCUCGGAGAUACGGCCGGCGGUGAGGGACUCCGAAAUAACGGUCGGCACGGUGAUGCGCGCCGAAAUCGGCCGCCGGCCCGAGAGGGAGCGCGUACCGGCCAAGCUCGACUUCGAGGCGCCCUUCCAGGCGAGCGCGAACGUCGACGGCCUGACGCAGGGCUGGACGAUCAUACGCAAGACGGACAAGUCGAAGAUCGACAGGUCGGAUGGCGGCGACGAGACGACGGCGCCGAUACCGACGACGCGCGAGUUCGACAUGGAGAACUUCAAGCCCGAACUGUUCGGCGGAUUCAAGCCGAUCUAUCACUUCUCCGAGGGGGCGAAAGGGAACGGAAGUGAGGAGCGUGCGCGCUAAACUUUUAGUGCCUUUUUUCUUCGAAAAGACUGAACGAAAUCGACGAUUUCCUGUACAUAAGAUUUUAAACUGAAAAGUGACAGGGACGCUGUAGUAAAAUGGUAGUGGUAUAAAUGGGGAGUGACUAAGCGUACAAGAGCGCUUCAUUGCAAUUGCGUUAUUGUUAGGGUUUGUGUGCAACGUACCAUGUGUAAAUUAUUGCUAUUUAUAUGUUAAUUAAUUUAUUAAAAUAUAAUUGUUUAGGUAAA